CCCAGACCCCCCAACCUGCCCACCCAUCGCAGCCCCAGGAAAUGGUACCAAGAUGUGCUCGAAUCCGGAUAGCAACUUAAUUCCUGGCACUGAGUGUUGGUUCGAAUGUAAUUCAGGUUUUUACGCUGUGGGUUCAACACACUCUACAUGUGAAUUAAGCAGAAACAAAGAAACAGCCACGUUCACCCCCAAAGCACCAAUAUGCAAACCUCUCUGCCCUCCAAACGCUGUUCUCGAUGUUGUAUUUGCCAUCGAAAUCACAAGCAGUAUGUCUUCUGUUCUUAAACUGAAAAAAAUAGCUGGUGCAGUUAUCAGGAAGUUUAGCAUUGGCAGCACUGAUACUAAGAUUGGGUUGGUUGGUUUCCGUGGUGGCAGCAUCAACCCAAUGGUUUCCCAAUUGAAAGAAAGAAAGACUCAACCAGAUCUUAUCACCUUCCUUAAUGCAUUGACUUUCACAGGCCCAGGUGUUACGGCAACGCCCACAAGUUACAUUCAAAACAGGAUGUUCACUCCAACAAUGGGCGACCGAUUAAACGCUGGUAACGUCAUUGUGAUCAUGCAACCAAAUACUAUCUCCAUAAACAAAGGUGGUACAGUUGUCAACGUAUCUACAUCUUCCGUGUUCGAUGCCGUCGUGGGAGUAGAAGCUGCCAUUCGUAAAUAAUGCUGAGGAUUGAAUGAAUUAAGGACCUGUUGCUCUAUUUCGUAUAGUCGGAAAAUAAAUGCAUCUUGCAAAAUCAAAACAUUUGUUCUUCAAGCAUAUACACAGCUGUAGAAUAGACAAAUUUAAACUACACAGUCCCAUAGUGCAGUCAUGGCGUUGCAGUUGUUUAUCUGCGAAAUAAUCUUAAAAUGAAAAAAACAAUCACCCACAAAGUUACAUAUAGAACACCCGUGACUGUCGUUGCUCCGCCAUGCGAGAAAUAAACAAGCUUCAUUUAUUUAUCAAAUGCGUAGGCUCUGCGCCUAGUUCGGCGGCAUACAAAAUAAUUCUGUAUCUAUUAUUUUAUUGGAAUGCAGGGGAAGGCGGAAACGUCUGAUGCAUUGAGUUUUUUUUAUUUCGAUCAAGUUUUCUCCAGUGACCGAUUCUUGCAGCUGAAACACAAAUUUCACAAGGGGGAAAUCAAAUGUGUUGUUAACCUAUAAUGUCUGUAACGGCCAAGGUUUAAAUGACUCAACUUGCUAUGCUAUACAUGGUUGUUUAAUUGAGCAAUCUAUCCGAAAAAUAUAAUCAUACAAUUAAUAUCCAAUUGGACCCAGCUAAAAUAGAUAUGGCAUUUAUGCAGCCAGACCCUUUCCAGUCUGCAAGUUACAACCAACGAAUUAAUGUGAAAACAGUUAUAGAUACAAGCAUAACAAUCAAUAUGAAAAACCAUACAGGUAAAGAGGUAUACUGGCAAUGUUAUGGAGCAAUACAAACAGGCUGGGUUGUGGCAAGUCGUUAACAUAUAAAUGAGGCAGCAUAGUAUCUAUGAUUGAACAAAGUAAAAACGUCUUCGUGCAAACUAUUCGUUUAAACGCCGCAUCGCUUGUUACAUAAUGAGAUAUGGGGACGUAAUAAUCAGUUGAUGGUUCCAUGUCAAUGUUUGAACAAAAUAGAGAUGGACAUCAAAAUACA